AUGGGCAACAGCGAGGGCUUCUCCACGAAUGGUGUGCCUGACCAGGGAUGGAAGAUCUAUGUCGCCUCUACGAGUUUGGUCAUAGGCGCUGGUCUAUUCGUGAUGGCAAGAUGGAUUACUCGGAUCAAAACACACCAGCUCGGAAGCGACGACUACGCGAUCCUUGCAUCCCUGGGCUUCUCAAUAAUCCUUUCGGUAUCGAUGCAACUUGCAGUCCUCCACGGCUACGGUCAACACAAACACGACCUCACCAAGCCACAACUCCACAAAGCGCUGUUCUGGUUCUUCAUCGAGCAGAUCCAGUAUAAGAUGGUCAUAUGUCUGAACAAAGUCAGCGUCGUUCUGCUCGCCAAGCGCAUCUUCAUUGCCAGGAUCUUCCAAAUUCAGGCCUGGAUCGUCCUCUGCUUGAUCACUUGCUGGACGGUAGCUUCGGUCGGAGCGACGGUAUUCCAAUGUGUGCCGGCUCGAGGCGCCUGGAAUUCGACGAUCGGGGCAAAAUGCAUUGAUACAAGCAUGUUCUGGAUGGCAUAUGCUAUUAUUAACAUCUUGACAGAUGCGAUAUGCAUUGCGCUACCUAUCCCGGAAGUCCUCCAGUUGCGUUUGAAUUCGCGCCAGAAAGCUAUGCUCUGCGCUGUUUUCCUGCUUGGAGGCUUUGUGACACUCUGUUCGAUUAUGCGCAUUAUUGCUGUCAUCAAAAACGACAAAGGCAAAGACACGACGUGGGACUUCGUACCGCGAAACAUCUGGUCCAUAGUCGAAACGAACAUAGGCAUAAUCUGCGCCUGCCUCCCUGUCCUCAAAACACCAAUCCUUCGAGGCCUGUCCACCCUGCUAGGCACGACGAAACAUACCCGUCGAGAGCAUGGCUCCGCUUACGAACUCAACGGCGGAUCCGCGCAACAGAAGCAUUCCAAGAGUGGACAUAAGAGGAUCAGCAAAGAUCCUUGGGGAGAUAUGCGAGAGGAUAGUGCCUCCGACGAGGUGCAUAUCAUGCAUCGUGCGGAAUUGGAUGCGCGGUCUCAGCAUGCCAAUCUUGAUAUUGGGUUUGCAAAGGAGAAUAGUGCGGCUGUAAAGGAGAUUGAGCCUCUGUAG